AUUCAUGGGUUUGCCAAUUCUUAUGUUUACCUCUACCUUGGAGUACAUGUUUAGAUUCCCUAACGGCUUAACAACCACUGUAUAAAUUUCCGUUUUUUGUUUACCCAAAUUUGUCUUGUUUUGUUCGUUACUUGAAGGUUCUUUUUCUUCUGUUCCAAACAUAGAAUCUUACAAAAUUUCCACUUCUCAUUUGCUCUUAAAAAUCUCGGUGAAAAAAAAAACUUCUGGUUUCGAAGAAGAAAAUGCAGAAAUAAUGUCUCCCCUAAUAAUAAGAACUAAUUUCAGUACAUCCUUCUUCUUCUCUCCCCAUUCUUUAACAAGAAAUCGACACUCUUUAUCUCUAAAUCUUGUUUUAAUGAAACCCAUUGGUUCGUUAGGGUUUGGAAAUACUCUUGUUUUGCUCAACAGAGGUAAUGGUGCUAACUCUAGGUCUGUUCUUUACAAGGUUAAGUGCAAGGGUUUGGAAAGAAACGAUGAUGAUGCGAAUUUAGAGAAAGAAAUUUUAGAAUUUAUGAGAAAUUCUAAGAAUCCUAAUGUGUUUCCUACUAAGAAAGAUUUGAUUGAAAGUGGGAGAAAUGAUUUAGUUGAAGCUAUUGAAAAACAAAGGGGUUGGCUUUCUUUAGGUUGGGAUUUGGAUAAUCAAGAAAAUGAAGAAGUUUCAAUACAAGAUAAUGAAGAAGAUUUUAGUGAUGGGGUUUUGGAAAAUGAUUGUAGAAUAUUUCAACAAAGAUUCGAUAGAGGUGAAGAGAAUGAUUCUUUGAGUGGGAUUGAUGAAGUUGGUACUUCUGGAAGAGCAAUGCAAAUGGAAGUAGAGAAUGAGUCUGGGAUUGAAGGUAUUUUGAGUAGAUUGGAUAGAGAACGGGUUUUGGCUUAUGGGAUUGGUACUGGUCAUGUCAAGAACAAUGGCCGCAAACAAAGCAUCUCAAAUGGUUCUGGUCAUGAUAGAGAAAGCAGAUCAACGCCACUGAACUCUUCGAAUGGCAUACUUGAUGACUCCAAGGGCACAGAUUCUCGGAGAGGGUCCUUCACCGAUCAUGAUAGCAUGCACACCUCACUUCAAUCAGACAUGAGAGCCUGGGGUGCACAAACAAGGGGUCUUUCAGAAAUUGAAGCGGAAGCUGCUGAAGGCAGAGAACAUUUUCCUAGUGAUGAUGUUAUGGUAACGAGAAACAUAAGGACCACAGACUACGGAAGUAAAGAUUUGGAUGAAAAGCAGAUCCGUUCUCAUCUUCAGCACCUUGAGUUAGAGCUUUCUUCUGCACUGAGCGUACUAAGUUCAAGAACUGAACUAGCUGAUAUAGUUUCACUUGAGGGUAGCAGGACAUUGCCAGAAGAGACGCAUGAGCUUUCCGAUGCCUGGGAGUUUCAAGAGACAGAAAUCAUGAGGGCCCGAGAUAAACUGCGGUCAACACGUGCAAAACUGGCGCUUUUAGAGGGAAGGAUGAGUCUGGCAAUCAUUGAAGCACGUAAGAUUGUGGAGGUGAAACAGAAAAAGAUUGAUGAGGCGCGGAAGGCUCUUUUCCAUCUCAGGUCUGCCUGCAUAGUUUGGCCUAGUUCAGGUUCGGAGGUUCUUUUGACUGGGUCAUUUGAUGGAUGGAGUAGCAAGAGAAAGAUGGAAAAGUCGACUUCGGGUAUCUUCUCUUUGUCCCUAAAGCUGUAUCCUGGUCGUUAUGAGUUCAAGUUUAUUGUUGACGGUGAGUGGAAGACUGAUCCAUUGCGACCCAUUGUAAACAGUAACGGCCAUGAGAAUAAUCUCCUAAUCAUCUCUUGAAGGCACAUGUAUACAUACGUUAACUAAGAGGAAUACAAGAGUAAUUUCAUCAUCAAUCACCACUAACCAGAAGAUGAAGCAGAUUAUAAAUGGGAGUAUCAGUCUUUAGACUCUCUACAUCUCACAGUCGGACACAGUGAGUACUUGUUAUCCAAAAUUCAUUUUUGUAAAAACAUCAAUACGUAAAGCUAUUUUUUUUAGCACGACAAAUUCCGGUUAUGGAUUGUCGAUCGAGUAGUAACUUCAUUGUACAUGGCGAAUUGACGCAAGAAUAACCUCUUGUUAAUUGCUUGUAAAAACACAAUGAAUUACUACUACCUGUAUAAAUUCACUUGUUCUCCA